CUCACCGAGGACACAGACGAGCAAACAUUUCUUGGAUUUCUGUCUUUCAUCUCGAGCUUCCGCAAAAUAAUUGCCAUCAUCGUUUCUAGCAAAUGUGCACAUUAUUAAUCGUUCUGUAAUGGAGGAUUUCUUUUUCUCGUGUGAUUAGUCACUUACUUAAGAACGUGUUAUUUUCUUCGAUAUCUCUCUAAAGGAUCAAAUUAACAACUAAAAUUGACUGAAAUGUUAGAAAUUGGAACGCUUCAACAUAUUCUAAUCUGUGUAACUCGAGACCGUUCGACUACCUGUAGGAUUGCAUCAAGCGCGUGAGGGAGGCGGUGAUGCCCGGGAGGUAAUGCGCAUUAGUAUAACGUGACACAAUUCGGGUUUUUUUUCACUCGAUCGGUGAAACAUCGUGUACAAACGAUGAACAUAAGCUAAUGGAACCACCGUAAUCUCAAGGAGAGCUGACAGCACGUUGUUUUUGAACAGGGAUGCUCUGCGUUUAUCCUUCAAAGCCAGUUGAAGAUGUACAGAACGCGGGGACAUUUCCAGCAGCAUACGCGUUCCUGUGCCACACAAGCUCCAUCUGAAUGGCAAUACUUGAAUGUGCGAUUUGGUGAAAUCACAAGGCAAUAGUUUUCGCACCUGAUGCAAGGCAAUCCGCAAUCGAUCGAAUGAACGAUCAUUCCCGCAUGAGUGUGCAGAGUGACUAAUCGCAUCUGGACCACAGUAAUCAGGAUGGAGACACGCGUUUUGAUGGCUGGCUUCGGGCUUUCAGAAAGCGCUCUGUAGUAAAGUUGCAGUGGCCGGACUACAGGUGCUUUAUGAAGAUCAGGAUAAAAGCGUCGGUUUGCCUUCGCAGAGAUGCCAGUGCGUGCUGUGACUUCCAGGUUCAUGUACAGGGGACUUUGCUCAAUUCCAGAUAUCCUUUCCUACAGGGCUCCCGUCAGCCUCCCCGAGGAUGAAGUGGAGGAGAUCCGUGAAGCCUUUAAGGUGUUUGACCGUGAUGGGAACGGAUUCAUCUCCAAACAGGAGCUAGGAGUGGCCAUGCGGUCUCUUGGCUACAUGCCAAAUGAAGUGGAGCUGGAGGUGAUCAUUCAGAGACUGGACAUGGACGGUGACGGUCAGGUUGACUUUGAAGAGUUUGUAGCGCUCCUCGGACCAAAGCUGUCUUCGGCUGGUAUGCCCGACCGCUUCCACGGAGCCGAGUUUGACUCCAUAUUCUGGAAGUGUGACAUGCAAAAGCUGACUGUGGAUGAGCUGAAGAGACUCCUGUAUGAGACCUUCUGUGACCAUUUGACUAUGAAAGACAUCGAGAACAUCAUCAUGACAGAGGAAAGUCACUUAAACAGCCCGGAGUGCCAAGUAGAUAUUGACAAAAGUCCCAUGCAACAAGUCAAGCACACCUGUGUGCGAAAGAGCUUGAUUUGUGCCUUCGCCAUUGCGUUCAUCAUCAGCGUCAUGCUCAUCGCAGCCAAUCAGAUGCUUCGAAGAGGAAUGAAAUGAACAGCUCUUUUUCUAAUACAACGAAUAACUGACAAGAGGAAAACAAGGUAAAAAUGCAAAAAAAAAAAGUCCACUAAUUUCACUAGUUUAUAAUGAUCAAUUUUACAGAAACACCAAAGGCUGCUCUUUCAUUCUACUAUAAACUCAAGGUAAAGUCAGACUGUUGUUAAAUGAGGAAACAAUGUACCCCAGAGUAAUAGUUUAAAGGUGUCACGGUCUUUAUUGUGUAGCACUAAGUAAUGAUCAUUGUCCUAUAAGAUAUUAAAUGUUUCUUGGCUCAUGGGACAGAGUAGAGAUCUAUUAUAAUGUAGCACUUCAUACUUAAAAUAUUAGAUUGUAUUGUACGAUUGUAAUCCCCUUCAUAUCAAUACCCUGUCAGGGUCAUUAUAUAACAUUAUGACAGAAAUAUUCCCCCUUUUUGCAACAACAUCGAGUCACCGGAUCAUAUAUUUUACCAAACAUCACCGGUUUGAUCGAUGUCUACUGUAAAAUGGGAAAUUUGAGAUUUCAGAAUGAAAAGAGGGAUUAAAAUGAUCCACUUAAAGUCACCAAAUGUUAGGCUCAGAGCAAUUUAAAAAGAAAAUGAAUGUAAGGUACUAGAAACUUACCAGUACUAAACUGUGAUGGAAAGUAGAGUACAUUUGGUGACAAUCCAAAGUGUUACUGAAUGGAACCUGUGCAAUUGUCUUUUGUUUAACUUGCAAAAACAAUAUUUCUUCCAGUCUUGACUCUCAGGAUUGUUUGUCGACAGGUCUUUUAUUAAUUUGUCUACUGGUUGUGUGAUAAAUGACUAAAUAUAACAGGCUAUUCGUAUUGUGCACACAUGUAAGACUAAAUGUUUUUGUCGAUAUCCUGCAAUAUAACUGUUCUAAGUGUUAAUACAUACAAUUACAUAUUUGCAUGAAAUGUUUCUUAGUGCUGACAACAUCAACGUUGUCAACGAAUAACCAGUCUGUAUAAGUACUAUUCUUUAAUAACUUGUGGUUUUCAUUUUUUCUGGGAUGUUGUGAUCUCGUCUUUCUAUCUAAUUUGUCUCCGCAAUAUCUCUGUCAACUGGAAAACUACAGGUCACGUUUAAGGCUUUUAUUUCGUACACAUUUAUGGAUACAGAGCAUUAUUCAAAGGUAAUGAAAUAGUGCACAUUAAUCCAAAUUAAUAUUUCGAAGUUAACUUAAUAGCUUUAGGUUGGUGGUAAUGGUAACAAGCAAUAUUUGGCUUAUGCAUACUCUGAAAUAAACGUAUGCAUCCAGCAUCUAUCUGUAAUUUAUGCAUUCGUCAGUAAUCUCAGUGCCUAAACAGUAAGUUGGAUGGUGUUGUUCUCUGUGUGUCCAAAGUCUAUAUUUUUUGUGCACUUGUGCCAGUAGUUAAUUCACAUGUGUUCUAUUACAGAUAACUGAUAUGAAUGAGUUAACAUUUUCCUUGCUUAACAAUAAUGCAAGUUAAGUCUAAGCAUAUGAUGAUAAUUGUAGUGAGACUAAUAUUAUAUUAGUUUAAAGAGGCUGCAGAGAGACAUAUCAAUGUACAACGAAAUGCUUAUUUCAGAUUAAUAUUAUACAUUAGAAAAAGGGAUUUAUUUUAUGUGUAAUCAGCAAACUCAGAUAUUCUGAGUGAUCCGUGAAUGCCGACAUAAUCGUUGAGCAAAAUACAAAAGCAAUGACAUUCCUUUUGCAGUUGCAUGUAUUUGUAAUUUUCUGACAUGUUGUAUUGUGCAAUGUUAAAGUCAGCCUUUGUUCUCAAAAUAUGCAAUCUAUGCUUAUUUGAUGACAAUUUACUGUGAUUUAAAGUUACAGUUUCUUUAUAUACACACACACAUACACAUGCAUAUACAAACUGAGAUACACUGAUUUCAGGACAUCGGAAACAUAUCAUGCUUUCAAUUUCCAAAGCUUGAGCAUGUGAUCUGUGCAAAUUGUUUUUACACACUAAUAAGGCUACUGUUAUUAUUUAACAUGGCAAUAUGUUUUUCAAUCGGAGUAAUAAAUGGGUAAAACCUAUAGGAUUAUAAGAAAUAUAGUUUUAUUUUUGUAUUUUUCCAAUAUUUCUUUAA